AUGGUCCCUACCGGUGAGACUCUCGGCGACACCUCGGUCGUCAACAACGCGUGCGACCUCGCGCACAUUCACUCUGUCCGCUCGAUACGGUCGGAGAACAUCGACGGUGAGUUCUGUGCUGGGCUUGACGGCAAGCCCUCCGACAUGAACUGCUCCGUGAUGGCAAGCAAGGUCGGAGCCCUUGCCGUCGGCGCCAAGGCCGACAACACCUCCGAGGCGAACGGCCUCAUCCCGCCUGACAAGUUCUGUGACAACCCGUCCUGCCCCGCGCACCCCUUCCUGCCCAAACUGAGCACCGAGGACGGCGCGGAGAGCGAGUUUCUCUUCUUCAACAUCCCCGUCUCCGCGGCCGAGCAUUCGAUCAUCACCGAGCUCGUCGUGCCCAAGAUUGACGCCGAGUCCAAGGCCGUCGCUCUCGGGCAAACGAUCGCCUCCAAGAUCGACGUCGACAAGAUCUUCUCUGUCGGCACCCGCUUCACCAAGCUCCUCUCCGACGCCCGCCUCUCGCUCAACUCUUUCACGAGCCCCUCCAUCGCCGACGCCUUCAUGCUGAGCGCCAUCGGUACCGCGUCCGUCAACAACGACUGGGACUCGUCGUCCUCGCAACCCGCAAUGGUUACUACCUUCAGCCCGGGAGACGGAAGCGCGCUGGCGGACGUCCUCGAGGCGGAGGACGACGAGCGGCAGGACGAGGCUGCGCGUGGCGAUGAGCAGCCGAUGCUAGCGCCCCACGGGCCGGCGCUGUCGGUGCAGCUUCGGCGCGUGCGCCUGCAGCUGCGCGAGUUCCUCGCAACGCAGGCCGCGGCGGGGAAGAGCGUGCCGAUGCAGCGGACGGCCCUCGGUCUGCACCCAACGAUGCGGUGGACGAUCCGCUUCGGCAAGUGGCUCGCGACGACGCGAGUCAGAGCAUUGAGGGCGAGCCGGUGGCACGCGACCGAGCGGGGCGACGCGCGGGAGGAGGAGCCGACGGUGCGCGCGGGUCGCGGCGAGAACACGGUCUACGUCGCGUUGCAUUAA